CGUCCGCGUAACAAAACACCGUCUACUUUGUCUGCUGGGUCUAAUAACUGUACAACUCUACUCCUGCAUUAAGCAGGCAUGUGUUUUGAUAGUAAAUAAACUUUUGUUAAAAUCAAGCAAAACUCUUCAGUGCCAUAAAAAGAAAAAAUACGCUCAGUUAUAAAAAAAAGGACUAAUAAAUUAAUACAUUUUUGUAACGAUACUAAGAGUUCCAUGUCGUCGGAUUCAGUUUUUCAAUCCGAAACUGUAAGAAAGGUAAUUAUUGAUAGUGUAGCUCAAGCAGAAAAAAAGAAUAUCCCUGCAUGUGAUAUUUGCUACAUAACAGCUACUUCCUUCAGCCAUCUUGAAGAACAUUAUAAAGGACGUAAACACAAGCAGAAAUUGAAGAAAUGGAAAGACAGGAACUCAAAAAAAUUGACUGAAAAAAACAGUGUACCAAUGCAAAACAUCCAGACAGACUUUUCUUCUAGUGCAUUUUCUCAUAGCGGUGUACAAAAUGAAAAUUCCGAUACUAGUCAUCAGAUUGCUACUUGCAGCACAAGAAAUGAACAUUUAAACGCACUGCUGGAAACACCAAGACAUCAGAAAACUAAUGUUGAAAAUGAGGUAUUUGGGAACUCUGGCAGUGCUUACUCAAAAAAUAAGUUUUACACUAGAAAUGAAAGAUUAAAUGCAAAGAGAGACAGAUAUUUUUCAAGAAGUGAAAUGGAAGGGUCAUUUGAUCAAAAUCAUUUGCCUUAUUAUGAUAGAGAAUUCAGAUUUAAUACAAGGAGCAAAUCGGGGAGAGAAAACCAAUAUACUUAUUAUGGGCCCAAUUAUCAAAUUGAUGAUAAUUUUAGACAAUCUUCAAACAAUUAUAGAGACAAUUGGCUUGAAAACUCUAAUAACUGUUCAAAGUGGAAGUAUGGAAGCAGGCAUUCAGAUGACUAUGAUACGCGAAAUACUGAAGUCAAGCAUUAUCAUUCCAAAAAUAUAUUAAAUAAACCAUAUGAAAAAAGGUCUCGUUUUCAUAAAACAUAUAGCCCUGUGGCAGAACCUUCAUCUAGUAAAACUAUGAAUAAUGAAGAUAUUUACACUUCAGGGAAUGAUUUUCAUUCUAAUGCAAACAUUGAAGCACCACAGAACUCAUCUUUAUAUGGAGUACAAAAGAAUAAUAAAUAUGAAGACAAAUCAUGUAGAAACUCUUCUGGUAUGUUAACAUCUGUUGAUAGUAAUGAGCAUAAGAAUAAAAAAAAAUUGAGUAAAAGCUCUGAAAUAGCCAGUACUUCCUCAGCUGUAUGCAAGACAUCUGUUAAUUUUGAUCUGAUUGAGGAGAUACCCCUAACUUUGAGAUCUUUCUUAAAAGCAAAAAGAUUGGAUACUGACGCAGAGCAUAUUAAUUUAUCUCCAAACACAUCAGGGGCAAGCAAAGAAAUUGGGAGUGACAGAUCAAAUGAGAAGAGGCCCCUAAUAUCUGAAAACAUGCCUGACAGAAUUGCACGUUUAAUAAAUCCUUCCAAUCAGAAAGAUAAAGCUGUCGUGAGUCAUUUAAUAACUGAACUUUCAAAGACAAAGAAAAAGCUGAAUCUCUCAAGACUAAAAUUGCAGUCUAGUGUUAUAGGAAAUGAAAAAGAUAAAGAAUCAACUGAAAUGAUGCAUGAAAUCAUAGGAAGUUCUGUGGAUGUGCCCUGUAAUGAGGAAGAAAGCAUAUCUCCAAACGUUCCUGCUGAGAAUGGACAUCUAUUGGAAAGAAACAAUGUCUCUAAUGCAUAUGAAAGGCAACCAGAAUGCAGUAGUCAAAAUUCAAAACAGUCAGACUCUAAUAAUAUAAGUACAGCUGACUUUUUGUUAGAAAAAAGCCCACAAGUGAGUGAAUCCAUUUCUAAAAAGAAGAAAAGUAUUAGAAUUUCUACCUCACCAAAGUUUUCUAAAUUGGAAAAAACACGUGUCUUUGAAGAAUGUUCUACUGGUGUUAGGGAUGCAGAUGUAGUUGUUACUGAAAAUACCUAUGAUGGUUCUAAAGGAAAUAAAAGGAAGAAAACAUCAACAAAUGGGGCUAGUAAAAAGCAUAGGUGUUCUUCAGCAGAGUGCCUUGAAGCUUGUAUAAAUGAUGCCAUAAAUCAAUCUAGUAAUUCAAAGGCUGUGGAAACAGAUAAUAGUUCUCAGGUUACAGAGAGUCAAGGUGUUACAAAUUCAGCUUCUGUAAAUUGUGAAAUUUUUGUGAAAAAAGAACCUCCUGAUCCAGGUAACAGCAGCUAAUAGUUAUACUUAUCAGUUCAGUUAUUUUUUAUUUUUACAUUUAACUCGUAUAAAGUGAAUAGUUUGUGGAAAUGAAAUGUUGUUUGAAAUGUGCAUAAAUGCAUGUUGCAUGCUAAUAUUUUCUUUGGUGGAAAAAU